UUCCUCUCUUGAUAUACCAACAGAGAACGCCCAUGGUGGGUUUCAGCGGCCAAAGCAAAGGGAAUCGCCUGAUCAUCAGCUUCAGACACACACACACAAGCCGAACACGUACACAAAAAGCACACACACACACAACCACACGCCCAUAAAAACCUGAAGUAACUCAGUGUUUCCUCAGACGUCUUCACUGCCAGCAUCACACAGACAGAAUCUGGUGUUGGAGAGAGGAGCAUCAUCACAUCAGCAGCCAAGAAACCAGAAACUGAGGAAGGAUGCAGAUCUCUGGACGGCCAAUCACGCUUCUGCUGGUCUGCCUGCUCGGCUCAGCUACCUCAUCGCCUGUUUCCAUCUGCACUCCCGCUCAGCCUCCUCUGUCGCAGAUUUCACCUCCCUCUCCGGCUCCGACAGUCCUCCCAUCUCUGCCCUCUCCUUCCCUCGGUCUCGUCAGCGCCUCCGGAGCGUCAGCAGGAAAGGGCGGCUGCCGACUGACGGUGUCGCCCCCCACCCUGGUGGUCAGGUUUGGAGAUCCGGUCACAGCUAACUGCUCUGGACACGGGAUGGAUUAUUCUGGUGUCGGCUGGGAAGUCUCACCGCUCAUGGCAGAACCGGGCUACACUAUGGAUCGUUUCAUCGUCUGGACUGUGGACAGCAUGACCGAGUGGAACCUCACGCCUAUGUGCUAUGCAUCAGUAGAACGGGGAGGACAGUGUCACAUUAAUGUCCCUCUAAUAGUCUACAAGCCUCCAGACAACGUGUCCAUCAGCCUGGUCAAUCACACAGGAGCGAUGCUGGAGCAUCGUCUGUACACUCUGCAGUGUUCGGUCAAGGAUGUUGCUCCCGUGGAAAACCUCACCGUCACCUUCUACAGAGGACAGACGGCGCUGGGUCCACCACAGUCCAGCAGCAACAGAUCGAAGGAGCCGGCGACCGAGAUCUUCACCUUAAACUUCACCCCCAGCAGAGAGGAUGACGGAGCAGAGUUCUGGUGUGAAGCCGAGCUGGACCUGGGACCUGAAGGACCACAGCAUCCUCCGGUGGUGAAGUCCCAACACAUCACUGCCACUGUCUACUUCGGUCCACAGCUCGGCUGUCCGACAAAACUGCAGGUGAGAGAGGGAGAGCGCCUGAGCUGCGAGGUGAGAGGAAACCCCCGACCGCUCGUCACCUGGGUCAGAGACGGGCAGGUGGUCGCCUUGCCCAUGUCCUCGAGCAGAGAGCAUGCUGGGAAAUACACGGUCUUGGCAAUCAGUCAUCUGGAACGUAAAAACUUUACGGUGGAGGUGGAGGUCCUCGGUGGCGGUGGACCUGCAAACAGCUGUAACGGAUAUUUCCUGUUGGCCGUCUUAAUUAUUCAGAUGAUUAACUGGCUGUAAAACAGCAGAAAAAAGGAAACCCAGCGGGACGUUUCCUGGCCGUCUGGAUGAACUGUGUGUGAGAAGCGUCUGUCCGGGAUGACGCUUCGUUUUUGUUCAAAAUGGAUCCACUUUUACUCCAAAACAAGAAGCACAUAAAAUGUCUUUCUAGAGCUUCUGUCCAGGUACAUUUUCUGAACGGCUCCGUGACUCUCAAAAUCAAUUUCAAACACUUCCAAACUGAAAGCUGCUCUGAAAGAAAUCCACCCUCGAGGUUUGUACCACGUAAUAAUCCACAAUCAUUUCACCAUCUCUUCUGGUUUAUGUGCCGUCUGAAUCUUUUGUCGAUCUUACAAUGUGUUAAAUGUGUGUCGAAGUUACAUUUUCUGUGGUAUCAAGUCUUUAAACAUUGUAAAGCACCAGGUCCGCUUCAAUCACGAUCAUGUUCCGCCUGCUGUACAUUAAAAUGCUGAACAAUC